CUUCGAGCCCAGAGCCAAUAUUUUGAAGUGGUGCAGCUACGCUAUCACUCUCAGUCUAUUCGUAUUGGACAUAUGAAAUUACGACGAAACGGCCGCACGACUUGUAUCAUACGAAUAUUGGUGUUUGAGCAUUGCACUGGCGUUGAGCGGAAGCCAGCCUUCUCUUGAUAUUCACAUUGGCGGUGGAGGUUGUUGGGUUUCGGACAGCCAUUGCAUACUACAUAUUUGGCAUGCAGGAGGCAAUAGGUAUCGAAUACGAUCAUACUGGCUUUCCAGAGGAUACAGGGGUUCUGCUGUAUUGUAGGCUGUCGAACUAUCGCUCAUGUGCUCUCCAGUCAUACAAUGCUUGUUCUGACUCGACUACAGGUCAACCUGACUUUACGCGUCUUUUAAGUGGAAGAUGAUAGACGCGUUGAUUGGCUCGAGUGUGAAGCCCACGACACGUGACUCCGUGUCUGGAUAUUUGAUUUGCUCACAAGUUUUACAAUGCUUCCCAUACCUUCUCCCGCUGAAAACGAUUUGCACGAAUUUUGUUAAGAGGCUUCUCGUCAUAGAAUUGUACCUAGGUACGUACAAAAUGUUCAUGACGGAUCGGCAAAGUUUUAUGCAUUGUUGGGGGAGCCUCGUUCAUGGAUCAGUGUCGGUCUUUAUGAUGCCAAUUCUCCAACUCGACUUGCCAGUGAGGGGAGAAAAGCCGCUGAGGGAGUGGCUGGCUUUGUCAAACCCGCUUCUUUCCUCUCUGCGGCCUAUAACAGCAGUGAACAGCUAUUGUAUCGGGCCCUGGAAAGAAGAGAUGCCGAUCACUUUAAUACUGCUGAAGUGCAGUCACAGUGGUCCUGGUUUGUGCACCACCUCCUCCUCCUUGCUUUCUGGAAAUCUUUCGAACCUGAUCAAAGACACACCGCCAUGUGAACGAUGCUCCUUUCACUGCUGGCAAAGUGCUCGUCUCUGCUCACAACUUUUUGAUCGUUAUCCGACUCGACUUGUCCAACUCCUCCCGCCUCUUUACAAACAACGAGUUUUCUGGCGGCGCGAAGUCCUCCCUCCCACCACCUCUGCUCGUCUCACAUCCUUACACCGUCCUCUACCUGCUCACACGACGCCGUACACUUCCUCAGCUUCAAAAAUACAAUAUAAAAAUAAUACCCCAAAAUGAGUCCUCGUCGAUCGUCCCGUGCCCGCUCCUCGCAGCAACCUCCUGCUGGGCCUAAUCACACCAAUUCCAACACCUCCAACAACUCAAGACCCGAUCGAGACAACCGAGCCGGCAAUCACGCAAACUCUCCCAGAGCGGCCUCUGCCCAACGAUCCGAAUCUGCUGAUGGCGCAGACUCGACCUCUCGUGCGGAGC